AAACUCCACUUUCUUAUCACAAAUAUGCAAGGAAUCAACGCAAACGAGAGAUCAAGGACGUGCUCAAGACAAUUCAAAGGAAAGGUGGGAGAAUCGCAAUAAAAUAACUUAAGUAACUCGAUAUUUAAUCACUACAAUUGUCAUGGAGUCCCUACUUAAAUAUUUCUUGUGUUUAUGUGUGGUUUAUUCGGUUGAAUCCGCGACCAUUCCAGCAGAUCCGGCGACCGAAUUAAUCCUCGUGAGCGUCAUUUUCAGACAUGGAGCCCGCACAACAACGGGGUUUUACCCCAACGACCCUAACAAAGGCCAGUCGUUCUAUCCAAUCGGAAUGGGCGGCUUAACUAACGAGGGUAAAUUAGGAGAGUACAAAUUAGGGCGCUACCUCAAGAACCUCUACGGAGGCUUUAUCGGCGAUGUUUACACCGAGGAUGAGGUGUGGGUGCGAAGCACUGACGUCACAAGGACCAAAAUGAGUGCCCAGUUAGUCCUCGCUGGACUUUUCCCGCCCAGCGAGAUCCAGCAGUGGAAUCAGGACCUGGAGUGGCAGCCGAUUCCGGUGGCGUAUAAGCCCGAUUCCGAAGAAGACCUAUUCCACCCGUGGGGAACGUGUCCGUAUAAAUCUGACGUUAUUAGCCAUUUGCCCGGGAUAGAGGAAGUGCAGGAGAAGUUUAUUAAACCGUACAAUGAAACGAUGGCUUUUAUUCAAGACAAUUCGGGCAAAUCUAUGACAAAUCCGGCCGAUAUGCAGGACAUUUUCUUUAAUUUUCGAACGGAGGACGACAUGGGGCUGAUUAUCCCCGAGUGGGUCAGGAGCAUUUAUCCCGAACCGACUCAGAGCAUCGCCGCUCAGGUCUACGCUUACCACAAUUACGACCCGAGGACCAGACAAAUCAAUUCCGGUUACAUGUUGAAGAAAAUUCUCGACGACUCGAAAAAUAAAAUUGAUGGAAAGUCGAAGAAGAAAAUCUAUUUGUAUUCAGGACACGAAUCCACUUUGGGGUAUAUGUUAAAUGCCCUCAACGUCAACUAUAAACCACACGUUCCGCCCUACGGAAGUGCCAUCUCCUUUGAGAUUCAUAAGGCCAACGACUAUUAUUAUGUCAAGCUUCGUUACAGAAACGACACAGAAGCUACAGAACCCGUAGACCUCAACAUCCCCAAAUGUGGAGUCCUUUGUCCUUACGACCAGUUUGUACAGUUGCAGAAAGAUUUAAUUCCAACGAUCUCAAUACAAGACGCCUGUAAAAAGGAUAGUGAGAGGAUAAACAACGAUCUUUAGCUCGGUUAGCAGCCUACAGAUGGCAGACGCUUGAAGAUCCAAAGUGCGAAAAAGUAUUAUAUUUAUUGACUAAAAUAUUUAAUAAAUGGUCCACCAAUU